UGUUAGACACUCCGCCGCUUCCUGAUCCCGCUGGCUCCGCCCCGCUCCCCUCCCGCAGCUCAAGCCGCGACGCCCGCCCCGGCCACACAGCGGCGGCGGCGGCGACGGUUUUUCAAGUCGCCCCCGUGGCGACGGAUGAAUUCAGGGUCCCCCCUGCCUCGAGGGAUGGUCGCUGCCCGCCGCCCACAACGACCCGAAAGGCCGGGCAGGAAAGCGAUGCCCCCACUGCGUGCCCUCUGCCCUGCGGCUUGUCCCCUGACGCACCUCCAAAGACUGCGUCCUGGUUUCUUUAUGACAGUUUCUGCAGGUCUCUCUGAGGUUUUCUUGCUUAAUCUCCUGCUCAAGCAAUGCUGGAACUGGGAAGGUUGUCCCUUCUCCAAUAAGGAGAUCCCUCUGGACUUGGCCCCAGGAGACUGUCAGAAAUACAGGUGAAUUUUCUUCGUGCCUUUCACUCUCAAUAAACCCCCACGAGGCAGAUGGCUAUGCAGGUGGAACUGAUCUGUGUUGGUCUUCACUGUUUUAUGACACCCUGACCUAUGCAUUUGUGGGGACAAGUGUCUUUUGUCUCUCACAACACCUUUGCAUGUAAUGCCUGAUACCAUGGAAGACAAGAGCGUUGCUGGGAGAGUAACACCGGCGAGGCACAGCGUGUUGCCCCCUGUCCCACCUCGUGGUACCUGGCCAGGGACUCCCUGCGCACAAGGUGAUUAGUUCCAGACCUGCAGCCUGAAACUUUGAGGCCUGCAGGUGAACUGCCACCAGUACCUAGGGAAGAUAAAGUUUCCAGAAGGUGAGGAAUUAACCUGAGAGUACUGGCCUUCAUUGUCUGGGACUGCACCUGCUAGGAAUUAGGAGUCUCCAAACUUUAAAACAAACAGAUAAACUCCUUCUGUGGUGUGGCAGUGUUACUGAGUACCCUCAGAUCGCUGCCAUGCUCCAGUGACAGCUCUUUAGUACAAACUGAAAUGUUUUCAUUAUAAUGUCAAGUGCUUUGGGAUCCUUCUUGGCUAAGAUCACAGAAAGAACAUGGAAUCAUAUAAACCAUGCUUUUUAGUUGACAACACUAUAGUCUUACUUUUAACAUAUAAUAAAAGCAAAUGACAAACUGUUUGUUUCUAAUCAGAAUAAAAAGAAUGUAACAAAAUCUAAGAAAGUAAGAACAUUUUUUACAGUUCAACUUUGUACAUAACCUUUUUCCAUAGAUUACCAAUGGCUGUAAGUAUCAGAACUUAAUUAAAGGUAUAAUAGUAAUUUGAGAGGAAAAUCCAGGCACAGUCUGUGAACUGUUUGCUAUUAUAAUGAUAAUUAACGAUGUAAAUAUUGAAGUUAAAGAACACUUAAUCUCUCCUUUGUCUGAGCUAUAUGCAGAUUUUUACAGUUGUUGAUGGCCAGCUAUUGCUAUGUAACAUAUCCAGCAAGCUUCAGCACAGAGAGGCUGUUCAUCGUGAUUUCUGUUUAUUACCUUAGCUUCAAACACAGGUAAUUUGCACUGUUAUAAGUCAUAUUUUAGAGCUUUUUUGCUUGCGUGCCAUGAAAUUCUGCAUUAUUACAAUUGUAUCAGAAACCGUUUCUCACUUCUGAAUUGCCAACAUAGACAAAUGGCAUUACAUUUUUCUAUCUAUAGACUCUAAAUUGAGUCUGUUAGUUUGUAUUCCAUUUCUCCUCUAUAAUUUUCAUACAGCUCACGUCACCAUAUGACCUGAGAGCCUUCCAGAAAUAGGUUACAGAACUGCAGAAUCGUAGAAUUGUUUGGGUUAGAAAGGAACUUAAAGAUCAUCCAUUUCCAACCCCCCUGCCAUGGGCUGGGAGACCUUCCACUAGGUCAGGUUGUUCAAAGUCUCAUCCAGCCUUGCCUUGAACACUGCAGCUGUCACUUUUAUCACAAUUCAUUUUUUUCCCUCUUUCCUAAAGUAUUGUUCAGAUUGGAUAUCUUUGUUUUCUGUAUUGAAAUAAAUAGGUAUAGAAGCCUUCUAUUUGAAAUGCAACACAAUAAAAUCCCCAGUGCUUUUUCUUCAUGUUCUAGAUCCAGUCUUUAGGAAAGCUCUGUGGAUGGAUGAAUAGAAAUAAAAUUAUUUCCUAAUCCUCCGGUGCUAGGAUUUUCAGGAAAUAUUUAAAUGAGGUUCUUGUAAAGCACACUUGCAAGUAAUCAGAAAGAAGACACUACGUUGUCAGAAUUUGAAAGAAAAAUUAUAGAAGACUAACAAUCUCUUCUGCUAAAGGCGAUAUUUUCUCACAUGAAUGUAUAUAUUAAAAAAACCCAAAAAGUGUUGGUAAGCAUUCUUUUUGCUCUCUGGUGCCUUUGUUUGAAUUAACUUUGAAAAUAUGUAACACCUAGGAAAAUGAUCAUGACCUAUGCUGGUAACAUUUUUCUGUGAAAGUAAUGUGCUGCUGUGUUAAUACCCCAGUGUUGUAAUCUCUUCGAAACGAAUACACUAUUGGCUUGAGUCAUGCUGAAGUAGCAUCUGUGAAGCAUCUUUUUCUACCUUAAUAGGAACCUUCUGCAGCUUCAAAUGGAUGGCACCUAGUCAAACAAAUAGGACUUCAUCAAGUUCCUGUUCUGUUGGACAUGUUAGCACACAGGCUGCUGUACUGAGUCUGAGUGUCACAAAGCAAUUGGAUUGAGUCUGGCUGGGCUCAAUUAGCAGAGUAAGGCAGGGUCUCUUUGUAACCACUGUAUGAGCAGCUUAAUUCUGUAGACUGUUUAUAGUCUCCUCCAUGCCUCAAGAAGCACGAAAUAAAGCGCAAAAACUGUUUUGACUGGAAAUUCAACAAGUCAGCAACAGAGGGGAGGAGUCAACUGGAAAGGAAAUAGGAGAUAAUGAAGAGGACGGUGACUUUCUGUAGAGGCUUUUGGAAAUGAAGAUGUGUAAGUAAUGUUUGAUGCACUUCAGAAGAGGGAACUAGCAGAAUGCUUCAAAGAGAGAAGUGAUGUGGUCAAAGUAAUGAUCUAUGUAAAUAAUCUUGGGUUGUGGUUUUAGGUUUGCUAAUUCCAGGGCUGUGCACAGCCCAGUCUCCCAGCAGUACUAAACUGACCUGGAUCAGGUAUGGCCAUGGUGUCACAUUGCUCUUGCAUUAGCUUCUGCCCAUGCUACAGGGUUUUUGUUCUGCCUCUGGAAGAACUGACAAUAACUGAUCUGGCUUUAAUGUCUGCUGGUACAAAAUUCUCCAACACUUUUUCUGAACAAAUUUGAAUCAGUAGAAUGAGUUAAAUUGCAUUAGUGGUUUGCAUUUGAUGGCUGUGGUGUAUUUGAUCAUUAUUAGGAGGCCUACAGUCGACUUUACUCUUAUUGUCAGAUCAUGGCAUUUGCAGCAUUUAAUGACUGUUGUUUUACAAGCUAUGUUGGUUAAUGCUGAAAGGGGAUGUAUUGGGGCAGUCUAGGCAUGGAAGCAAGAAACCUAAACAAGGGUCUUAGUUGCAUUGAUGGAUCAAAUGACUGUGUCUUAAAGAUGCCAUAUAGAAGAAGUCUAAAGUUAAGAUGUACCUCGGGUGCUAGGAUCUACAAAGAGGUUUCAGGUAGAACAAUUGACAUACAAGCUCGAGUGGCAGGUAGGCCGGUGAUGUUAUCCACAGAUAGGCAUAAGGAAGACGGUAAGAGGACUUUCAGAGAAGAACCGUGCUCUAGCUCUGAUGAGCUUUAAUUUCCUGUUAAUCAUCCAGAGAAAAGGGGGAAAGGCUGCGAUUUGAGUUUGGAUAAAGGGAGAUAGCCCUGGGGAAAGAAACACACCUGCAAAUCAUCUGCAGAGAGAUUUCAGUUGUAUUUGUAUUUUGGAUGAGAACUUGAAGAUGAUGUGGGAGGAGAAAACCAAGGAUACUGACCUGUGAGAAAGCACGAGGACAGUCUGUCAAGGAAUACUUGGAAGGAAGGCUUAAAUAGGUAAAAGGAAAAGAUACUAAGUGAAUCAUGGUUGAUUGUGUCGGGUCAGAGAGGAUGAGAUUUAAAUACAAUUUUUUUUUACUCUGUUAAUGCAGAGUGGAAAUGGAGAGGCCAUUUGCUAGAGAGGAAAGUGGGAGUAGGUCAAGGCUUCUAUUUAUUUAUACCAUUUCCUAUUUUUGAGGAGAAAUUGAAGCAGAAGUUGAACCAAGAAGAUGAUGUCAUAUUUUAGCCAUAUCCUUUUCUUUUUUUAAUAUUUUGGCUUGUGGAGUUUAUUACCUCUAGUAGGAAUCAGAUGGUUUCUGGGCUUUUCCUCUUUUGCUUACUAAUUUCGCAGUCCAGAAAGGUGGAAAAACAAGCAUUGUUCCCUCAAACAUUGCUCCUCAGGGCUUUUCAUCUAAAGAUGUAGCUUUAGUGCACAGCUGAGCCAAUCUAAUGACUUGUGCCCACUUAAAGGUGGCUUUAUUCUUCAUGGGCAUGUUCUGUCCCUUUCUUGUGUACUGAUGCUGCGACUCAUUGGACCUGUUUGUCUACCAGUUUACUGAGUUCAUUUGGCUCCUGGAGGUGUCAUAUUGUGUGCCAAAAUUGGCACAGGCUAGGCAGGAGCGCCCAGCUGGGAGUGGAGUUUCUGGAGAUGAGGAAUGUCACCUUCUCAGCAGCAGUUAACUGCGAGGCCAACUUAGCGUGUCUUCUGGAACUGAACCAGUGGGGUAAGUUAAGCAGGUCUUCAAGAAAUGGAAUUGUGAAAUUUCUCUCUACAUAAGCAAUGAAAAAGUUGGCAAUUAAUGAAGAAAUACAUUGAUGAUGAAUGUUACUAUAACUCAUCCUCAUGGGAUCAAUCUGGCAGCCCACACCUCUGAGAGCUGGUUGUUUUCAGAUUCUUUGCAAAACCUGCAAAUUCUAGCAGAUCACUGUGGUGAGUUACCACUGAUUCAUCUUUUGGCUUAGGAUGGAGUUUCACUGAGAUAUGGUUCUAUGGUAAGCUAGUCCAAGGUGUUAAACCAGAAGAAAACUGUAUUUUUUGGUUUGCUAGCUUUCUGCUUGCUUAAUUCCUUGAAUCAAACUGUUACCAGUGUUUGCAGAGUUGAAGCAGUAGAAAAGUGCCUCAGUAGAAGGAGAAGCCUUUUCAGUUUUCAAUAGGAGCUAAACCUUCUAUCCACCUUGUUGCAGCAUGAAACCCCACCUCUAGGAUGUGCCUUCACAGUUGAUCGAAACUGAUCUCAUUCUGACUUUUUUGAUUAAAGAAGCGGUUCUACUGCCUCCCUGGUAUCAGCCCUGUUAAAACAAACCCUGCUCAAAAUGACUUGUUUGAAUAUGUAGUCAUGGGGUUACUAGCAUUGACAGAGGAAGAUAAAUCACAUUAGGAGUUGAAAUGUGAGUCUUGGCUUUCUUCUGCAGCUUGGGAUGGGGACCCAGGAAGUGUUAUUAAUGAGCUAGUGGGGACUACACGCAGUGCUCUGCUCAUUUUCUGCUAACAGCAAUUUGAGUCCUGACUGGAGACUUUCCUUUCAUAUUCCACUGCCAUUGAUUUUUCUUUGAACACCAAGUAAUUUACCCUUGUCUUCUCCCUGUUAAAAGAUGAGCUAAUCUAAUAGAAAAAUAAUUUUUAUUCUGUGAUCAUCAGAAGUGAAGCCUGGUUUCCUAUGGACUAGACCUGAUGUGGCACUGCUGUGUGGGUUCUGUAUGUAUAUUAAGCACUGUCUGCACAUCACUUGCCUUUUUUUGCGUGAUGGAUUUAUUAGGAUUUGUUUCAUCUGUUUGGUCUGCAUUUCACAGAAGCUACCUUUGUACAAAUUUAGAUGAGAUUGGGCAAUGGCUUAAACAUGCUUUCUAGGCAAGGAAAUGGGGAGAAGAGGGAGCCCACAGGCAGAAACACCAACAGUGUAAUUGCAUAAGCCUUCUUUCCUUAGGAAAUCAGGCUAAAAAUGAGCCUUUUGACGGAGGCCUCUGCUGAGAUUUCAAAUCAGGCUACAGAGAGAGAGAAAUAAAUCUUGUUGUUUAACAUGUAAAGGCUUAUAGUUACCUGUUGCAACAGAUUUCUCUUAAGUAAGGCUAAGCCAGCAGUUGGUGUCUACUGACUCGGUUACCUUCCUAUCUUCAGCAAUGUCCCCAUCAGGCUUUGGGAAUUUGCUUUUUUUGCCAAAGUGCACUCAUGCAUCAGUUGCUUUCAUUUAUUUUUAAUUUAACCUUUAUACUUGAAUAAAUGGCAAUGUAGGUAGUAAGACAAGCUGUUAGAGACUCAUGGUUUACAGGACUCCUUGUCAGUGAUGCCAUGAAAAAUAAAGGCUUUAGGUGCAGCCAAGGACCCAAUCCUGUUACUGUAGAAAAGUUAGACUUGGUGAUUCUAUUAUAUAGCACCUUCUCUUUGAGACUUACACUGUAUAGUAAAUGCUGUGUUAUUUUAUUGUUUUCUUCUGUAACUUUAUACUUAAGCUCUUAUUACCUUAGAAACUGAAAUGAACAAUUUGUAAAAGGAAAAACUGGCCUAUUUCUGAUUUCUGUGUGGAUGACAGUUUAUUACAAAUGGGUGCAACUAUGAACAAACUUUGUAGUUUUGUUCAGAUUUUGUUGCUAUUCUGAGCUCACUUUGAGCUCUGAUUCUCUUACAAAUGCCUUCCCUACCCCAGGCACAUCAGUUUCUUCAGUCUCCUUCCAGUCACUCAGACCUUGAAAUAAGUCCGCUGUGUUCCUAGAUGUUAACUUUUUUCCUUGAACUAGUUUACAGCUGGAUCAGUUCCCCGAUUCUCUGACCCUGUCAUUACAGAAAUGCUGGUGCUGGAGCAAGGGAGCAGGGAGGGAGCAGUUAAUCGGGUUGAACAGGAAAUGUCGGACUGCCCUUCCAGGUGGCACUCCAGGUUUAUGUUGGAUUACAGUACCAGUGGAAAAAAAAACCAUUAUACAUGGCAGGGGGAGAGAGGGAACACAUCCAUCUGACUGCUGGAACUCUGUUGGAUUCAGACUUUUUCUCCUGAGCACCUGAUGCACUAUUCCCCUAAGCAUGAGUCAUAUGAUGAGCUUCAGAAUUGCACUGGUGCCUGUUCCAUGAUGUCCAUUUCAACUGGUCAGCUGUGUCCAGUGCACAGGAGCAUAGGGGAUGGAUGGAGAAGCUGUGGCCAGGCUGUCACUGUAAGGGCGAUGCAGCCCUUCCCUGUAGAGGAGAAUGAACCAGAGCUAAGAUGUGCGAGUUACUACAGUGGGGCGGAUUGCACUGCUUCAUAACCCCCAGUCAAUAAAUAUAAAAAACCGUAACAUUUCUUCACUGUAGAGCAAGACUGAGGAGCUGUGCAGAGAGACUUGCUGUACAGGACUUGUGAUUCUCAGGUAUAAAGCAUUUUUAUGUUAAAAUACAGAAAUGAAUCAAUGAAAAAAAAGUUUCCUGAUGUCACCCCACCACUGGUGAGACCUGAAAUGAGUGCACCAUCCUGGGCUUAGAUCAGGUCCUUAGAACAGACAGCUGUUUAUGCUUGAAGUGCCUGGUCAUCUUAUUUCUGAUAGGGAGAGGGCCUUAUUUGCUCUGAGAAGUGUUCUGGAAACCAACUGUUUGUUAUCCAUUGGUCCUUACCUCAUUCCAGAGAUAAAAUUAAAAGGGGUGGUGGGGUGUUGUAAGUGAGUGUGCACCUAUAGACAGAAAAAAAUACUGCUUCCAUAGAGGUUUUUGCCUGAUGACAGCCAUUAGCUGCUUUGUUUCACCCCUUGGACAAUCAGUCUGCUAAAUUGCCAAGUCUCUGCUAGGGAGAGCCUCCUACCUUGAUUAUGACGUUGCAAGUGGCAAAGUUAGAACAAAACGAAGUUUAAUACCGACUGCCAAAAUACUUUAAAGCAGUAUUUCCUGUGGUUUCAGUAUCUCCUUUGACCAAAUGCAGCCAGCUUGGAUUCCAACAGACUGGGAAACAUUGGGAAUUGCAAAGGAAUUGGAAGAAAUUAGGUGUUCAGAUUCCUUUCUGUUGCAGUGGAAUUUGGGCUGGAAACUUGGUUUUGGUUUGACUAUCUUGACAGUAACCCUGAAUAUGGCAGCUGGCUGGUCAUUGUCCAUGUGGUGUACUGUCAUGGUCCUAACCUUCCUACUUGUUCCCCAAAUACCAGCUUUGCCAUAGUUGUUCCCCUGUUAAAGUUAAUCCUUUCCACUCAAUUUUUCUCUUUUUGUUUUCUUCCAGUUUGCCACUUUGGAGGUGGCUACAUUGUUUUUUAUACUCUGGUCUGCCUGUGUUUGCUUAUCAACCCCUUCCUAAUUGCAAGCUACAAGCUUAUCUCCUCACUUCAAAAAUCUUCUAAGACGAGCUCAUUUUCCUGUGGUUUUAUUCCCAUUGUUUAUGGGGCAGCACCUGUGCCUGCACACUCACCAGCUGCUGCUCCCACACUUGGCUGUGGUCACCCUGGCCCUGCCUACUUGCACUGCUCCCGUGUGGGACUGCGAGCAUCCACCUGGCCACCCAUGCGAGCCCUUGAUACGAGAAGUAGUUACUAUUAUAAAAAGUGGAAUAUUUUUGAUUUAAGCUAAAGUAAAGUUUCAUCCAAGUAAUUGUAAUUUUGUUGAAAGUUAGUCAGACUGUCCCUCUGAUAAGGUGUUUUCUUUAAAAUGGGUGUUUUUCCAAGCGCUAUCCAUUCUUUGAUGAUGAUAAUGUCUUGUGUGAUUUGUGCUGAACAGAGUCGUCUUCUGUGAUCACCUCUGCAGCCUUUCCCUCUCUCAAGUGUGAGAAUUAAUUGUAAGUUUGGCUACAGCUGGUUUGUAUUUUUAAUUAUCUUGUAAUGUAAAUCUGUCUUGUAUCAAGAGAUAAUAUGCAGACAAUCUCCAGACAUGGAUAAAUAACCUGAAAGAAUAAACACUGUCUUAGAGGUGCAAGAAUUUAUUGAUAUGCUUAAUUGUCUAUUAAGACGUAGUUGUUUUCGGUAAAGAGAUAACCUGUCUUAGGGCUGUGAGAAUUUAUUGAUGUGCUUAAUUGACUUGUGAGAUGUAGUUGUCUUGGGUCAAGAGAUAACCUGAAGGGAGUCUCCAGGCAUGGUUGGAUAGCCUAAAAAAAAUAUGUUCUUUUAAGGACUUAUGUGGUUCUUUGUAUAAAACUAGUAUAUAUACCUACUGCUUUUGUAAGAUGGGAUGCCUUUUUUAGAAGGGCAUCCGAUCCAGUGCUAAAUUGUAAAAUAAAAAUAUUGGUUUUGCUUCAGAGACUUUGUUCUUUUCAAUAUUUUACUGGUGAACAGGUAUUUCUCACAAGUGCAAGGUCAAGCGGUGAGCAGCCAGCUCCAAAUUAGCAAGAGAUCUGCCUGAUGUGAAGUUCAUAACAACAUUAGUCCUUGGAAAGUAAUAGAAUCUGCAUAAGAUUCUAUGCAUGGCUGGAGAAGUGGGCCUGUGAGAACCUCAUGAGGUUCAACAAGGCCAAGUGUAAGGUUCUACACUUGGGUCAGGGUAAUCCCUGGUUUCAGUACAUGAUGGGGGAUGAUGUGAUUGAGAGCAGCCCUGCAGAGGCGGCCUUGGGGGUGCUGGUUGAUGAGAAACUCGACAGGAGCCGGCAGUGUGUGCUCGCAGCCCAGAAGGUCAACUGUGUCCUGGGCUGCAUCAAAAGAAGUGUGGCCAGCAGGUCAAGGGACCCCUCUAUUCCUCUCUUGUGAAUCUUCAUCUGGAGUAUUGUGUCCAGUUCUGGAAUCCUCAACAUAAGAAGGCUAUAGAAUGGGUCCAGAGGAGUGCUACAAAGAUGAUCAGAGGGCUGGAGCACCUUCCAUAGGACAGGCUGAGACAAUUGGGGUUGUUCAUCCUGGAGAAGAGAAGGAUCUGAGGAGAUCUUAUAGCGACCUUCCAGUAAGCUGGGGAGGGACUAUUCAUAAAGGCUUGCGGUGAUAGGACGAGGGGGAACAGGUAUAAACUGGAGAGGGGCAGAUGUAGGCUUGAUAUAAGGAAGAAUUUCUUCACCAUGAGAGUGGUGAGGCACUGGCACAGGUUGCCCAGGGAAGCUGUGGAUGCCUCAUCCCUGGAGGUGUUCAAGGCCAGGCUGGAUGGGGCCUUGGGCAGCCUGGUCUGGUGGGAGGUGUCCCUGCUCAUGGCAGGGGAGUUGGAACUAGAUGAUCUUUAAGGUCCCUUCCAACCCAAACUAUUCUAUGAUUCUAUGAAUAUUUCUGGGAAAAAAUUGUAAGUGGGAAAUCCCUCCUGUUCCCAGCACUUGUCUCGCUGCACACCAUUGAUGGAGAUUGCUCCCUCGUGUUGCCCAGGCCCGACAAAGACUGCUUGCUUUGUAAAAGUCAAAAACGCGUCUUAAAGAGCUUUAAUUGCCGGCAUUUUCGCUAUCGCCCAGAGACACUUGGCAGGGACGAAGCGACGCGUUCCGGGAGCUGCCGUACAACAUGGCGGCACCCAUCACGCACUCACCCCUCUGUUCAUAGAGGGAGGAAGCAUCCGCCUCUUUAAGCCUCCCGGGUGUGCGCGGCCAUAACCCCGCCGGGGCGUUCCUGCUGCCGGACGCAGCCGUUCCGCGAGGACGCAGGCACUGUCCAUUCUUUGAAGAGGAUAAUGUCCUGUGUGCAGUGUGAUCUGUGUUGAGUAGAUGUGUCUCCUUCUGUGAUCACCUCUGCAGCCUUUCCCUCUCUCAAGUGCAAGGACGUAAUGAAAUCCUACAAUGCCGUUCUGAGUGGGUGAAGUGAAGAGGGGAGAAGUGGGAUAAAAAAAAUGCCGAAACAAACUGCAGUGACGAUUACUUUGGCGACCCUGCUGGGUCUAGCAGUAGGGGGACUGGCUUUGUGGAAGGCAACCCAGCGUCGGAAAGGAAAAACACGUGGUAGUAGCCAGCAAGAGAAGCCAGUUGUAGACUCAGGAGAUGAGAAACUGAUUGAGGCAGAAGACAAGGAGGUGCUUUCCUUCUUCAGAUCUCCCACUUUUUCCUUACCAAGGGAGGAGUCUCUUGGUACAGACAUAGUGAUAGUUUCAGAGCGGGAGGAGUGGGAUCGUGUUGAACCUUUGCUGAAGAAGGAGCUGGAGAAGUGGCCAGUGCUUGGAAUCGAUUGUGAGUGGGUAUCUGUGGAUGGAAAAGCAAAUCCUGUCUCCCUCCUACAGAUGGCUUCUUGCAGUGGCCUCUGUAUUCUUGUUCGGUUGCCCAGACUUGUUGCCAGUGGACAGAGUAUCCCAAAGACCCUGUUGGACAUCAUGGCAGAUAGCGCUGUGUUGAAAGUUGGGGUAGGAUGCUGGGAAGAUGCUUGCAAGUUACUUCACGAUUAUAGUCUUCCAGUCAAAGGGAGCGUGGAUCUCCGGUAUUUAGCCACGCGACAGCGGAAGGAUCUACUUGACAACUGCCUUAGCCUUAAGUCGUUAGCUGAAAAAGUCCUGAACUGCCCACUUGACAAGUCUCUUCAUGUGCGUUGCAGCAACUGGGAGGCAGAAGAACUGACGCAAGAUCAGGUUCUCUAUGCUGCUAGGGAUGCCCAGGUCUCAGUGGCUUUGUUCUGCCAUUUGCUGGGUUUUGCCAGCCUCUCUCCUACAUGUGAGGUUGAAGACUCUGCUACUGCUUGGGAGAAAGCACUGGGUAAAUGCAGGGGCUUGGUGGAUAUCCCAUUUAGAGGAAGAAAGAGUGACAGCACAGGAGAGGAGAAGAGUGGAGAGGGUCGCUCCCCACAGAAAACAAGGAAUCGGAGAUCUUUGGUGAAUGGCCAGCCCUCUGGCAGUCAGCAAGUGAAAGAUCCGCGGAGGCAGAAGCGAAAGCCUCUGGGCAUGGGAUAUUCUGCACGAAAAUCACCACUGUAUGACAACUGCUUCCUGCAUGCACCAGAUGGACAGCCCUUGUGCACUUGUGAUCGCAGAAAGGCUCAGUGGUAUCUGGACAAGGGGAUUGGAGAGCUAGUUAGCACAGACCCAUUUGUUGUGAAGCUGCGGUUUGAGCCUUCAGGACGUCCCGAAUCUCAAGUUGAUUAUUAUCUGACAGUCAAAGAGAACCUGUGUGUUGUAUGUGGCAAGCGAGAGUCCUAUAUCCGGAAGAACAUUGUUCCUCAUGAAUACCGAAGGCACUUCCCCAUCCAGAUGAAGGACCACAACUCCCAUGAUGUGCUCCUACUCUGCACAUCCUGCCAUGCCAUCUCCAAUUACUAUGACAAUCACCUGAAGCAGCAGCUGGCUGAGGAGUUUCAUGCCCCCAUCGGCUCUGAGGAAGGUGUGCGUCUGCUGGAGGACCCUCUGCGCAGGCAAGUGCGCUCGGGAGCCCGAGCCCUGCUCAAUGCAGACAGCCUGCCUGAGUCUCGAAGGGCAGAACUUCUGCAAAGCAUCAAGGACUUCUUUAACACAGAGGCAGUCACCCCAGAGAUGCUCCAGGAAGCAGCUAGUCUGGAAACCAGGAUCUGCAAUGAGAGCUACAUGCCACAUGGACUCAAGGUGGUGCAGUGUUUUGCUAAAGGAGGCCUGCGCUCCCUUAUGCAGUUGGAAAGACGGUGGCGGCAGCAUUUCUUGGACAGCAUGCAGCCCAAGCAUCUCCCAGAGCAAUGGUCGGUGGACCAUAACCACAUGAAGCUGAUCCGAAAGUAUGGGGAGGAUCUUCAGAUCAAGCUGUCGUGAAACUAACUUCCUGAACUUCUAGAUAGUGUCUAAUGGACAUAUGUAACUGAAGGUGGAAGGAUUGCUUUUAUUUCUGUGUCUCCAUUAACAUCUGAGCCUGGGUUUGCCAGCAGGCAGCAGUGGAUCUGCCAGAUUUGGCAUUUCAGAGAGUGAAAUCUGUUGACUUGAAUUUUCAGGUGGUUUGGAAUUUUUAAUCUUAGUCCGUCACUGACUAGUUCAGGGCAAGAGUGGUGUGCUAAGGGAAUGUAUCUUCUCAAAGUGACUAUAGAGAGUUGUUUUCUAGCCCUCAGGAUGGCUGGUGCCUCUGAACAAUCUUUCUUAACACAGAGCACAAUAAAUGAACAUUUCCAGCUUUUCCAACAGAUGCAUCUGCACCCUUAACUGCACCUUGAGAUUGUCCUGAUAAAAGUCUUUGCUUUCAGUGCAGUUGUACAUACAAGUUCUUCUCAGAGAAGACUCCCUGCCAGAGAGAGAUUCUUUGUUUGGAAGUGGCAAAGAAACCUUGCCUUUUUUUGCAGAUUCAGAGCUGUAUCAGCAUUGUAGAUAGGCCUCUGAGCUUCCAGGUGGCAGGUGCCUGUUGAGAAGUGACACUCCUUGACUCUGGCAGUGUGGAAACACCCAUGUAAAGUCUUUUCAUGAGCAGUUUCCAGCAACACGCAAUCUAUAAGAGAUGAUAUUUCCUACUUCCAGUUCUUUAUCAUCAAUAGUUCUUCGUGGGUACCUUUUUAUAUCAGACUGAAAUGGGAUCAGCUGUCUUAAAAGGAAUGAGAGGAAAGUUGUGCGGCAGAAAACUGGAAAAUCUGGUGUUCUGUUCCUGGAUUUGAUGUGUGCUGGUGAGCAGGUCAUACUCUCUCCAUGCCUGUUUUCCUGUCUCUAAAAUGGGACUAGUAAUACUUGCCUAUCUCACAAGGGUGUUGUGAGGCUUAAUUAAUACAUGUUUUUGUAAAAUGCUUUUAAAAUAUAAGCUAGUGUGCUCUAAUUAUUACUGUCGUUUUUUUUUAAAUGUGUUGCUAACUUCAUGGGUUUUGCCUGUUGCUAGACCUUAGUUAACUAUAACUUUCAAAAAAUAACUAUGCCUUUCUGUGAAAUCACUUUUCAUGAUUUUGAUUGCAUGAGAUGAGUGCGCUUGUCCAGAAUGAUGAAGCUGUGUUUAACUUUUAUAGGUCUCUGUAGAGAAGCUUCAGUAAAACCCUGAAAUCGUACUUCGCACUACUGUGUAUAGUGCAGCUGACCUGUAUUGUAUUAUAACAGUUGGGCAGAAUCGUGGAUCUGCUGUGAUUGUGGCUAAAGCUCUCCUUUAUCAGAUAAUUCAAGAAAUUUCACAGGCGAGGGGUGAAAAAGCUGUUUGUAGCAGAGACUGAGAUAAGUAGGAGCAGUGGGGAAAUGAUACAUUAAUGCCACACCAGAGGAGCUGUAGUAGCAGCCCAAGCACAAGAAAUCAAAGAUUCAUGAUCAAUCUUACUUAUCACAGGGCUGCAAAUGAGACCAUUUUCAUUAUAAGGGCAAUUUUAUUCCUUUUCUGUACCACUGACAGGUUUUAAUCAAAAGCUGAUCUAGCCAAAUGUGUUCCAUCUCUCUGCUCAUUCACAGAGCUGAUUGUAAUCUCAGCAAGAACUUCCUGUCUACAGCAGCAGCUUGGAUGUAACUAUUUAUCUCCAAAGCAUUUUGAGCAUGUGUUCAGAUACUGCUGUCUCCUAUCUUUAGCACCAUCUGAUCGGGAAGGGGGGCAGAGCGCUUUGCAUGGCUCAGAAACUCAUCUUCAAUGAUCAGGAGUACAAAGUGUCCAUCUCACUUCUUCAUUCUGCUUUGUUUUUUCUCCCUUUGUUCUAAUACAGGAACUCCUGAUAAAGCUGUCUUCGUUUAAUGGAACUGAUGGGCUGACCCACAGGGCUCUGUCUUUUCAGUUUGUUGAGACAGGAAAAUGAUGUUGAGACAAGAUUUGGACUACAAGUCCUAAAUUUAAGGAGUCAGUGGUAUCAUUGAAGAGGUUUUUGGGUUUUUUUCCAAAUCACUUGUUCGGAAAUAGAAAUUUGCAAGGGAAACUUCAUAAAUAUUUUUCUAACUAAGAUUCUUUGUUGUUUGUAAGAUAUCCUUAACUUGCAUCCUUUUAAGUCAACCUGGAAGAGAUGGGGAAGUGGUAUAUUUACUGUGCAGAAAUAGAUUAUUUUUAUAUGUUAUGAUUUUUAAUUUUCUGACAGUCUAUAGAUAAAACUUCUGUGUAUGUCUUCAUUGCUAAUUGUUACAUUCAGUAAAAAUUCGCUCUUUUACCAAGCUUACUGUUAACGAAGCUCUUUUUUCCUUUUCCGCAUGCCUGCUUUUUGUAUUCUGUCCUUGUGUCUAACUCUGCCUCUCUGAGUCCAUCAUUCCUUACAGUAACACCCGACCUUCACCUUCUGAGUUGCUCUUUCCCAGUACCUCCCCUAAUCUGUCUGUCGGAGAUCAGCCAUGGAAGAGCACGUGCUGGCAGCAAUACUGUACUUCUAAGCAAUCCCACGCGAAGUUUGUGCAGGUAUACUUGAAUUGUUGUCCUGAGGCUCUGCGUGGGUUCAGGUGCUGUGCUGUCCUUGACCUGGUCAUGUUGGUCAGACAUAAUGGCUACAGAUCUACUUUUUUUUAAAUCAAAACUUAGAUUUUACUCAGCCUGAGCAUUCAUCUAGGUUGCCCCAAGUAUCUUGCCUAAACUCGGACCCUCCUGCGCUAAACAAUGUGCUUUUCUAAGAAUACAACUGAGUGCGUGUUUCCAGAGACACUCUUCUGGAGUAGGGGUACCAGCAGCCCCUGGGGUGGGUUGGCUUGCCUUUCCCCAUGGCUACAAACUGAUUUAUUCCCAAACACUGCAAUUUGCCUUUUGCCUUUUCCUUGGCUUUGCAGUAACUCAGAUGUUAUUGCGAGGUGUAGGAAUUACCAGCUGAGCAGCAUUUUUGAUCGUCUGGAGACACAGUAAGUGCUGCUUUUCUGAGCAGACCAUACAUGACACGUUGAUUAUGCUGCUGACAGGCUUGGCGUUUGGAGUGCCUUGGUUUUCCUCCUUUGACUUAAAGGUCCCAGUUGUCACAUCCAUGACUGACAAGACUGAAGACAACAUACCCCUGUGGACUUCUUGCAUUUUUGCUGUUUGACAUUCACUAAUGAGCAUGAGGAAAAACUUCUUUACUAUGAGGGUGACAGAGCACUGGAACAGGCUGCCCAGAGAGGUUGUGGAGUCUUCUUCUCCAGAGAUAUUUAAAACCCUCCUCGAUGCAUGACUGUGCAAUCUGCUGUAGGCAAACCUGCUUUAGCCAGGGGGUUGGAGUAAAUGAUCUCCAGAGGUCCCUUCCAACCCUGACCAUUCUGUCAUUCUGUAAUGGCAGGGAUGAGAAGCUAUUGUCCUAUUGCAUCUCUAUUGCUCUGGCUCCCUAGGGAGUAUCUGAAAUCCACACCCUCUGUAACAUCUUUUGGUGGGUUUUUUUCAGGCAAUGUUGUUAGUCUCGGUAAGUACCUCAUUGUCUUGCCCUUGUGUCUAAAUGCCUUUGAGGAACGGGGCCUUUUGCACAUGCAGAGAGAGCCUCUAUGAUAAGGAGCCACCAGGAGCCCUCGCCAGUGUGCAGGGUUCUCCACCGAUUUAAGAGGCACCUCCAGUCUGAAGCAGUAAGUCGGUUCCCAUCACAGCUCCUUGGUCUCUUCCUUCCUUCAGGCCUCCACAGUAGUCCAGACCUACAGUACCUUCUUCAUUCCCACAGUCUGACACAAACUGUCAUUGCCUUGAUGAUCUUGGGAAUAAGGACCAUUUUAAAGCCCUUUCUCUCACUUUUAUGUAGCGCUGUGUUAUUGGCAUCAGGGCUUUUCCGCACUCUCAGAGGUGUGUUGUUCCGGAGAAAUGGAGAGGCAGUUUGAGAUAAGUACAACAAAGACGCAUUCAGCUUUCCCUGUGGAUUAUUAAGGGAGCCACAGGAUGCCCUUUUGUAUUGGCCCUGCAUCCAGGGAGUUUUGUUAAACGUUUUUACAGGUAGAGAGGGUAAUGCGAGAGACCCAAGAUGGUUAAGCUCAGCAAGAGAAAAAAGCAAAACAAAACUAAAAGCCGGAUAAACAUGCAUGGCACAUAAUUUCUCAUAUUCAAAACAGGUUCCUCUAUUGCUGUAAAUUCCAUCAUGAACAGCAGACAGCUGUGGUAAGGAUUUUCUGCACAGAGGUUAGUGCUGCAUCCUCUCCUCCCACUUAACUAUUACAGUGCUUGUUUCUGUCUUGAAUUAGCCAGUGUGCUACUACCUGGGGUCUCUGUGGUGUCGGUCACCAGGAAACAGAAAACCCGUCUUUCUUUUAUUGUUUUUCAUUCAAAGCUGUUGGAUAAGUCCUGUUUCUGAGAUUAGAGGAGGAAAGAGAAUUGAAAAAAAAAAAAAAAAGGAUGGAAGCUUUUAUUGUAAAAUAGAGAUGUCAUCUUCAGAUAACAAGGAACCAUUUCCUUCUAUAGGAAAAUCUCCAGCUUCAGCUAUAGAUCACAUGAACUAUGGCUUCUGUCUUCCUACGCUUAAAAGAUUGAUAGAUCCUGUAGUGGUUAAGGAGCAAAAAAGAGAAGGCAUUUAAAUAUCUCAGCACAAAUGUGACAAGUCUGGAAAAAAGGUACUAGGCAGCUGUCAGAAAUGCAGGCUUAAGAGAACAACUGCCUGUCCAAACCCUCUCCACAAAAAACUGCUGCUCUAAGAAGCUAUUUCACAUUGUGGUGUGCUCUGUGGGGAUCUGAUGUGUAUCUGUUUCACGUUGAUUAACAGCAAGUCCUUUCCAAUUGAUUGUCCUUUGAAAAAUACCAUACAGUUAUUUACAUCAGCUGAGAUCUGCCAAUUGCUCUUCCCUUUUUUCUCUGUGCCCUGACUCUUUCCAGGACCUUUAGCCAUAAAUAAAGGUGGAGAUACUGACUGCUGGUGUCAAGUUGUGAAAAUGAGAGUGGGACCUCCUUUCAACGUACUGUAAAUAAAAAAUUGUUAUCCUUAGUUGUCUAGCAAGGGCUAUGGAGAGCCCCAAAUCAGGCUAUAAGUAUGUGUGCCUAGUUUUGUGUCAGGUUUUUGCUAUUUGGAUAAUGUUUUCCAUAUGUUUUAAGUGUUGCACCCUCUUGUUUUCCUCUCUGGUUCUCCUGUGAUAUAUGGGUGAACAUAUACUAGAUGUUCAGCUGCACGUCUCGAAGUGCUGUGCUGAUGUCUGAAAGACCAGCUCUUUUUAACAGAUAUUUGCCCUACACCAGAAAAAAAGAGUCCAUCCAAGCAGUAAAUCUAGAACCUAUAAAAUCUUUACAGAGCCCUGAAAAAGAUCAGAUUCGACCGCCCAUCUAUUAAUAUAUUGAUUACAGGGGGCAAAACCUAAAUUCACCAGACCUUUAAGUGCAUGUUCUGUGCAUGAUAGAGGUGACAACCAUGAGAUGGUGCUGAGUAAUUAGACCCCUCAAAACACCCAAGUAUCUCUUCUUUUCUCUACCUUGUAAAUUGGGCUAGGACUCUUAAUGCCACUGAGCUCUUGUGGCCCCACUACCUUCAUGUCCCCAGUUCUGCUCCACUGCUUUCAAGUUUUCCAGUUUGCAGCGGAAUAUUGGAGGGUGCUUUUGCUACUAGCAGUGUAGAAACCCUGCUACAACUUUGGACCAAGAAGCCAGGAGGAGGGGUAAGUACAGGUAGAUAGAUGAAAGAGAUAAGGAAGUAGGUUAUCUUUAUUUCACUCAAUUGGAAUAACGACCAAUUAAAAAUAGAAAGACUUCCUGCUAGUCAGCAUCAUUUGGUUGGAUGCAUUUCACUGCCAACUGUUGCUCAUUAGUGGUUUCACAGCAAAAGCUGAUUUUUCAUAACAGGUUGCAGUAGAAGACGAGGAAAAAUUGUGGUCACUAGCAGGUCUGCACUUGGGUAACAAUCCCAACUCUUUUAGCCUGCAUUGCCCUAAGCUUGGAGGCAAAGGAGCUGAGGGAAGCCUGCAUGGGUCCUUGUCCUCCUCUCACUGUCUCUUUUGUUCAGGACCUGCCACUCAGGAAGGUGAGUCCUGUGCUCUGCAGGGGACACCAGUGUUGAAACAUGGCUUAUGAGCCAAGCCCAGAAGAACUGAGUUUAUCUGUCUUAGGGGAGACAAAGAAUAGAGAGACAAGGAGAUAAAUAAGAAAAAUAUUGUGAUGCAGAGGACGGGGAUUUUCACGCUCUGCUUUUUAGUCUAGCUAGGACAGGAGGUUAGGGACCUAAAUGUCAAUGAAGGAGACUGGGGUUAGUCAUGAAGAAAAGCAUCCUUAUGGUAUGCAUUGCUUCAUGACACGGGUCACAUUACUUUCUUACAAGCGUGAUGACUGGGUCCCCAGCUGCAAACCAUCUGUGCUGCCCACUGAUAAACCCGGAGGUGAUAAAAACUGAAAUACUUCAGCUAAGUCUGUCUGUGGGCAUUCUGCUCCCGUACAUGCUAUGCGUCCUUCAGCCACCCGCUGCCAGGACUGACAAGCAGCACUUCUCUCUGAGCUGCUUUAGUUAAUGUGUGCCUGCUCUGGAUUUUUAUAGCUCUUAAAAAGUAGCUGUGAGUGGUAUCUUGUAUCAGAGAGAGGUUUUAUAUUACUGCUGUGAAGCUUGCCAUUGCUACCGCUGAGGAGGUGACCUUGGCACGUGUUCCCUCCCUUUCCAUCCUUGCACCAUGCUUUUCUCUUCCAGUUAAAUGCUUCAAAA